GCCAUCCCUCAGCCCCCCCGACUCGCCAUGAACCUCCUGCUGCUGGCUGUGGGGCUGACCCUGCUCCGCUGCCCCCAGGCCCUGCACUGGGGGCCCCAGGACCCCAACUUCAACGAGACUCUGGUCAGCGGCGAAUGGUUCUUGGCAGGGCUGGCCUCCAACCAACCCAAACUCCUGAGGGAGGACGAGGACGCACGGCUGCUCAUUCACCGCAUCCAGGUGACCCCCAGGGCCCUGCAGCUCCACCUGCGCAGGAAGGUAAAUGGUGCAUGUGUCCCGAUUACGAUGACGGCGAAUAAAACGAAAAGGAAAUUUCAGUACCUGCUGGAGAGUAAGUAUAGACCCGCCAUCCUCCAGCCCCAUCCGCCCGGCCCCGCUCCCCCUCCAGUUCGGGGCCGAGCGUGGCCAGGAGCCCAGCUGCCAGGACGCCCACCUCGAGACGGCGUCCCUGGGCUGGGCGCGGCACCCCCCUGGCACCGGCAGCAGUGGCGGGCACGCGUGGGCGGAGGCUUCCGGGAAGGGCCCGAGGCCCACACCCGGUCCUGCCCAGCCCGGGGCCCGGCCAGUCCUCAGGAGCGAGUCAUCAGGCCCUGUGACGGGACCAGAGGGAUCCCAGGGUCUGGUUCUUGCCCGCCUCCCACCCUGACCCCCGGGGUCACAGAUGCCGCCCAGAACAGGGUCUUCCUGGGAAAAGCGGACCCCAAGAGCUACAUCAUCCUCUGCAACCACCGCGAGAAACGUGAGGAGGUGGUGGCAGUGAGCCUCCUCAGCCGGACACCUGAGGCAAGCCCGGACGCCCUGCUCAUGUUUACCGACUACUGCAGAAACCACGGGAUCCACACGACCAAAAUCAUCAACGUGACCAGAACUGGGGUGUCUCCCAGGCACCGAAGGACCGGAAGAUCUCGGUUAACCCAAGGAGCCCUUCAGCUGCCCCACCCGCUAGGAGCAGCCUCCGCCCUCCUGGAGGCCUGUCCUGCUGCGUCCAAUAAACGAUUGCCCCGGACCCAGUGUGCUCUGGGGGGCCUCAGCCCGAACACAAGCCUGGCCAGUGCCAGCAUGGUGACCGGGAGCUGCCCAGUGACAACGGGGGAUGGGGACCCUCCCGGCGACACCAAGCUGGCCUUGGAGAAGCUGCUAGGGGUUCACCGGGACGCCGUUCAGAGCGCAAAGCUGGGAGUGGCUGAGGCCCUGGGGGCGGACACGGUGGCUGGGCAGGCAGCAGAGGACGUGUCUUACCCUCCUCGAGCCGCCACAGCCUGGGCUGUACCCCUGGCCACUGCCGCCCCAGGCCAGGGGGCUCUCUCCGGCGGCCAAGAGUUCCCCGAAGCCAUGUCUUGGGCCAGGCUCGGCCGUGUAGCACCAAGGCUUGCAUCGGCCCAGGACGAGGGGGAGGGGGCUGCAGGGUCCCUCAGUCAGAGAAAGGGACCGCCCACCUCCACAGCUGGGACCAGGCCACACCCCAGCACCCAGGCAGCGCUGCCCCCGCCCUCUCUGCCUGCCCUCGCCCUGGCUCCCCCAGGCGCCCCGCCCCCUCCACCCGAAGCCCGUGUCCCGACCCACGUCCGCUCCCCUUGCCUCCUGCACGCCCUCAUCCUCGGGCAGCACCCACCCCCGGUCCACCCCACGGACGGCCUGGGUCCCAGUGGUCCGGGUCAUGGUCUGCGGGUCUCCUCGCUCACUCCCACUUCCCUUCAGCACAAGCCACUCUCACCCCUGAGCCACCGGCCCCCGCCCCCCUACUCUGGGAAAGGCCUAGCACCCCUUGCCUCCAGCUCCGAUUCCACCCCCAGCACACUGGGGUGUGGGGGGCAUUUAGGAUAA